AUGAAGAGCGUGCAGGCAGAGCGCGAUGAGCUACUGCUGUAUGCGCUGCGACACCCUCCGCCAAACGUGAGCCUCAAGCUACCAGACGGCUGUGCAUCGCUGGAGCGCGUCGACCUCACAAGCUGCCCGAGUCCCACUGCCCUCUACGCCGAGGCCGAGAGAGCAGCGCAGCAUGCCAAGGGAAAGAAGGUGCCAAAGUUCGAGCUCGACUUGACGAAAUGCUUCACCGUCAUCGGCAGCAGCGGCGGCGGCGUUCAGCGACCCAAAAGCACAGCAACGACGAGCCACAGCAAGCACUCGAGCUCCCCUUCAGAGCUGCCAGCGAACAAAGAGUCUACGCCGGAUAUAUCGAAUGUCAAACGCGGGCCGUAUUCUGCCAUGGAUGACAACAGCCCCUCACCGCCUAUAGCGGCGAAAGACGACAGCUCCCCUUCGCCCGAUAAGCGCGGCGACAGCGGUACCCCAAAACUGGCGGCAUCCGAGCAGUCGCCGCCGCACCCUGUGCAGCCACCCACGGGCGCUAACAACAGCGCAGCGCAGGAGGCCAACAAGGGGCUUUUGGGCUACCUCAUAGGGGCCUUAAAGGGUUUGGGCAACGUCGAGGGAACCACUGCUGCCCCUGAUAGCGCGCGGCGGGGGUCCAGCAACUCUGCAUCGACGACGAACGAUUCUCGCGCCUCCACGGCUUCGAAACGGCAAGGCACGCAACCCGCCGGCGCGAAGGGCAGCAGCACAAGCAGGAUUCUGACGUCUAUGUGGAAGCCGCUGUCCUCCUCCAUUCAAGGUGCGCGGCAGGCUUCCCCUCUGGCGAGCCUCCCAGGGGCUGCCAAGGAGGAGCCCAACGUGUCUGACGUGGCGCGGCGGAUAGAGCAGAUGCAGAUCCCACUCUGCGGCACCACCCCGGGCACCAUCUCCUCCAAUAUCGCGACCCAGUUUGGCCCGGUCUUCGACGCCGCCGCACGGCAGCGCAAGAUGAGCGAGGAGGCGACAGCGGCCGCCCUCAGCUUCCCGCGCCCACCGCACAUCCAGCUCUGCGAGGUACUCGACAGCGCACCUCUGGCGCCGUUUCUUGACAUUUUGCCCAUCUUCGCCUAUGAGAGCCUGCUCCUGGCCACCGGUGUGCUGCUCACCCAGAAGCGAGACAAGCACGCGCAAGAGCUGGGCAACGUGUACCGGCGCGUUUUCAACAUCACGGAGGAGCAGCACACGCGGUCGCUGGCGAACGUCACACCUCCCGCCCUGCGGCGGGUGCUUGACGAUGGGGACGCGGUGACAAAAGAGGAGCGCCGGCGGUACCUCUCCGAGCUACGCCCCAAUGCGUCCACGUUCCGCUUGCUCUGCGACAACUCCGACGAUGACGAUUUCGUGAGCCGCGCGGAGCAGCUGCAGAGCGUCAUUGAGCGGUACCCGGACUUGCCGGGCGACACGCAAGUGCCGUUUGCCAUACGCGCAAUGGUGUUCGCCGCCUGCCUCAUUCCGCUGUACCACCGGGACCUCAGCACCCUCAGUCCCAUCUACAGCGCGAAGGACGUGGAGGGCUGCCUGGCGGCGCUGCGAGAGUACUUCAGCAUCCUGCCACAGACCGAGCACUUUUGUCACCUGCAUGCGCAGCUGCUGGCCAGCGACAAGGGCGGCAGCGUGGAGGCGCAGGCGGUGUUUCUGAAGGACUUGGCGCGCUACAUCAGCCACUACAGCAUUUCCGGCAUCGCUAACGCACCGCUGACGCCGGCGGUGAAGUACGCCUAUUACGUCAUGCAGGAGACUUUCUGCUUGGCAGCCGUGCCGAUGCCGUGGCUCGACUCCAGCUUCUCAGACGACAUGCAGCGCAGUGCGACGGCGGCGUUCAUCGAAACAUGCCUCGCCCUGCCGCCGUGCAUGCUGAGUGCGAUGGUGCUCGUCGAGGAUUUGCCGGUCCUGCCCCCCACAUCGAGCAGCGAGGACAUCCUGUUGGCGCUGAUGGAGGUCUUCGUUAACUCUGGCGUGUUCCGCAGUUACGCCGAGCUGGAGGACGACAAUACGAGUGUGCAACACCUCUCCGCCACGACGUUGUUCCAGAUGGUCGGCAACAACCUUGACACGAAGCAAAAGGCGUACUGCCAAAUGCUCACCCGAAGCUUCCCACUCGCACCCAUGCUCAUCGUGCCUGGCCGGCUGCGCAUCGGUGCCUACAUCCUUCUCAUGCGGCAUUGGGGCGGCCUCUACCCUGGUGCCACCCAAAACGUGCCCAAGGACCACAAAGUAUCGCUUGAUGCCUUCCUCGACUACUUGCUGGACGGUUGCAACGGCAAGCGGCGCACAAGUGAGAGCAAGACGCUGUGUGUCCUGUUGACACGCGCCACGCAGAAGUACCUAGCUCCGCUAGACACGCUGGCUCAGUACGACGAGGCCGCACACGUGAAGUUUGCGAAGCAGCUCAUGGAGGAGAUCUCGCUGCCGUGGGCGGAUACGGUGGAGUGCGCGAAUGCGCCAUUGGGUGAUGUAAUGCGGUAUGUACAGGCCGUCUUUGGCGCUCCGCGGCCGCCACCGCUCGGAGGCAAUCCGGCGGCCCAGCAGUACGCCCGCAUGUGCAGUUGGCUCGACCUCGUGACGGCGCUGAUAGGGAAGUGCCUGGAGGGUUUUCCCACGGUGGCCGCGGCUGCCCCGAGUGACAAAAUGCCGGCCCUCGCGGCCGAAAGCGAGUGCGUGGGCAUCGCAUGCGCGAAGCUGUGGAGGUACCCGGGGCUGCUCCCCAGAGGCGUGCACCGCCUGCACACCCUGGUGCGGGUGCAGGAGGGCUUCGAAGAGUGUCUCGUGCGCUCGCGGCAGCAAUACGACCUGGUGCGACGUGUGACAGGUGCGCCGUCGGUGCCGACAGACGAGAUUACGGAGAAGAUCUGGCGCAACCUGUACAGCGCCAUACUGAAGCUGUGCAACAGCCUCAGUAUUUACAUUCUCACGCGGGACACUGUCAAGGACUUGAUGUCCAAGUUCAUGCAACUGGAUGCAAAGCAGUACAAGUCGAUGAAGCGUAGCGCCACCAAGUUGGAGAACUUACCCAUGCCACGCCUCUACCCCGCUCUGACGAUGCAGCGCAUUCUCGACGAGGUGCGUUGCGCGUUUGAUCGCGUUCGCGAAACUAUUAAUUUCGAGCCGGCGGUGCGUCAGCUGCGCUACCGACUCGGCCACUACUUCACUGCGUGCCUCUUCGCCGUGUAUGUGGAUGGACAAGAGGUGUUUCUCAGCCCGGCUGAUGCACCGCUCAUCCUCGCCGACCUCGACGCCGUGCGUGCCUUCUUUUUCGAUACGAACGCGGACAACCAGGGCACCCCGCCCAAGGAGGAGGACCGCUGCAACACAUUUGAAAGCGCAGCACAGGCGUUGCGUGUGUCCAGCGCGGAGCUGCUGGAAAAGCUCUACAGUGUUGUGCAGUACGUCAUGACAAAGCCGUCUUCUGAGCUAGUCACUGGCGGUGCUGGCGUGCCGCCGCUGCACACGCUGCCGGAGUGCUCCGACAACUCGCCGUGGUGCCAGUACGUUGUCCGCCGUGUGCUGGAGCACCGCAAGGAUUUCAAGAGCAGCAUGUGGGAGAGCUAUAAGGCACGUGUGCUGGCCAAGUAG